CCUAUGUACAUAGCCCAACCGUCCAAGCCGCCCGCUGAUGCAUCUUCGAAUGAACCUCCUCCGAUAAACGUCCAACUACGCACGUCUUAAAGCUUCGACGAGAAAGACGACGACGACAGCAACAGCGACGACAAGUUUGUCUCGAUCAAACCAUUUCAUUGACUUGAUUCGUGACAGGUAAAUAUAAUUGUCCGCAUUCGUAUCCACAAAGCCGAAUACGUAUUGAAUCGUGGUCAAUCGACUCUGACGACAUACUUUUAUCCCACUCCCACUUUCUUGUCCGAAUCAGCAGGACAAGAAUCUUUAACCGACAAGAGGGAAAGACGAAGAACGAACUACAAUUAUAACAAAUAAAACAAGCGAUCCGAAAUAUUCGAAGUCAUCCGAAGCCAACCCGUCGCCGUGCCUCAUGGCGUAACUCAUGGCAGACCGAACACCCUCUGCUGCGAACCCGCGCUCUAGAUCGGCAGUCGAUAACGGUCCUCAAGCAGCGCGACUUCCUUCCAUACCAGACCUGACGAACUUGAACUUGCGAUCGGCUGUUCCUACCUCGCCAGCAUACUCGAACCCGUCAUUAUCACCCAGAGUCACCCGCUCCUCUGCGCGCAACGCAGCGAGCCAAGGAGCGUCAUCAGCAGAUCCCUCUGCUGGCCAAACUUCUGGCAACCAAUCUGCCAGAACCAACAUCGGCGCCGUUGCCGAGGCGAACGUAAACCAAUCCCCACAGAACUUGAGACCGACGUCAUCGCGAAAGAGAAAACCGUCCCCCACAGAAAACAACUCACCCAAGCAACAAUCACACACCGAACCACUUUCCUCUACACGUAGACCUAAGAGGCAGAAGGUUUCCGAGCCGACGCCCGAAACCAACCCCGCCACUACUGCCGCAUCUACUUCAAGGAAGCGGAAAGGAAAGAAUACUGCUUCCAUGUCUAGUCCUACUGGCUCCGACCCACCCCCACCCGCCGCCAGAAUGCAGGACUCUACAAAUGCACCCUCAGCCUCAUCUAGCCGCAAGUCGAGCCGUAACAAGAAGGCCGUUCCGGCAGCUCAAGAUCAAUCUAUGCCGGCUGCCUCUGGUUCUACACGGCGAUCGAAGCGAACGUCUAGCAAUCAUCCACCGCCUCCCCCUGAUCCAGACACGACUAUGACAGGAACCAAAGAGCAUGAGGAUGAGACAGAACCUCCGCCUCCACCUCCGCCUCCUCCUGCGCAUGACCCCGACGACGAUAACAGCGAUGAGAAUGACGAUGAUGAUGAAGAGCCUCACCGUCAUUACGAUGACGACCCGUUCGGUGGUUUCGGUGGUCCUCAUGGAUCAGGUCUCUCUAGUACACUCAGGGCAUUGACCGGCAUGAUGUCCGGCAUCUCUUCAAGACUGCGUGAUAUUCUUCACAAUCUUAGGCAGAAGGAAGACCCAACCAUACAGCUCGUGGCAUUACAAGAGUUGGCCGAGAUUCUCCUUGUAUCCAACGAGGACAACCUAUCCGGUCAUUUCUCCCCCGAUGCUUUCGUGAAAGAGUUGGUAACGUUGAUGCAGCCCAACGAGAUUACCGGCGAGGAAAAUUCCGAGAUUAUGCUCCUCGCAUGCCGAUGUCUUGCCAACCUAAUGGAGGCUCUUCCGGCAAGCGCUGCCAACGUGGUAUACGGCGGUGCCGUACCAAUCUUAUGCCAGAAGCUCCUAGAGAUUCAUUAUAUUGAUCUUGCGGAGCAAGCUCUCAGCACAUUGGAGAAAAUUUCCGUAGAAUAUCCUACAAGCAUCGUUAGGGAGGGCGGCUUGACGGCUUGUCUAACUUAUCUAGACUUCUUCCCAACAGGCACACAAAGAACUGCCGUUACCACUGCCGCCAAUUGCUGUCGCAAUAUACCAGAAGAUUCGUUCGGCGUCAUUACUGGGGUUAUGCCAAUUCUCCUUAAUGUGCUGAACAGCAGUGACCAACGAGUCGUCGAGCAGGCCUCGCUCUGUGUUACUCGUAUAAUCGAGAGCUUCAAGUACCAAUCGUCGAAAUUGGAACAGCUUGUCAGUGUGGACUUGCUCAAGGUCAUUUUAAGACUUUUAGUCCCAGGCACCACGAACCUCAUCAGCGCCAAUAUCCAUACACAAUUCCUCCGGGUCUUGGCGAUCACUGCUCGUGCCAGCCCGAGCUUGUCUGCAGAGCUCUUUAAGCUGAACGUGGUCGAAACACUCUAUCAGAUCCUCACGGGCGUCUCCCCCCCUAGUGAGACAGAAGAUGUCGCCUCGAGGCUAGAUAGUGUGGUGAUUAUGCAGGCACUAAUCCACCGCCCACGUGAGCAGAUUAUCGAGACACUCAACGUCGUCUGCGAAUUGCUCCCGGGUCUAAAGUUCAACGAUGGCUCGGCAGCCCUACUCGCUGCUGAUCUUGAUCGCCCUGAGCGUAUUAUUGCGUCAACUCUUGGAUCUCAUAGGAAGACAUCCAACGAGAAGAGAUUAGAACUGCUCGACGACUGCAAAGAUCAAGUCAGAAGAUUUGCGCUGAUCCUAUUUCCUACCUUGACGGACGCAUUUUCAAGCACCGUGAAUCUGAGCGUGCGACAGAAGGUGCUCACCGCUCAGUUGAAGAUGUUGUCCAAUUUAGACAGAGACAUCCUCGUCGACGCCCUGAAAGCUGUUCCUUAUGCCUCGUUCCUGGCCGCUAUACUCUCUCAGCAGGACCAUCCAUCGCUCGUCAUGUCUGCUGUCCAGAUCACGGAACUUCUUCUGAAUCGUCUGGAUGAUAUCUACCGCUACCAAAUUUACCGCGAGGGAGUGAUCACAGAGAUAAUGAAGCUGGCAGCUGAAUAUCAGGAACCCGAGACUAGGCCGGCCGAGACAUCGCAAGACCAUAGUAUGGCAUCCGGAGACGAAGGUGACAGGGUCUCUAUUCACAAUGGCUCCGAUGAUGAGGACGAUGAGGACCGUGAGGAUGAGGAUGAGGACGAGGACGAGAACGAUGAGGAUGACCAAGAAAAUGAUCACCAUGACGACGAUAUGUCCGGCUCCCCCGCUAGUUCAGAUGGAUCUACUAUGUCUGUCGACGGCCCGCAGCGCCCUUUCGUUGGUGACAUCCCAUCUAUGAAGUCACGCAUCGCGGAGACGGCAAAGAAAUUCUUGGAGACUCACGAGACGGAGAAGCAUAGUAAGAAUAUGAGAAAGAAGGCUAAGAAAAUUCUUGAAGAUCUCGAAUUACUAGCUAGUGGACUCAACUCGUUCUACCUCCAAAGGACCGCGAAGGAUCUUUCUCCCGCCAACGGGACUGCCCUCUUUGAAAGGCUAGCGUCCUAUUUCGACGCGGAUGUACUUGACAGUGUGACAAGCGCUGAAUUGCUUGCAUCAGGUCUCGUGCGUGUACUGGAAGACGUUUUCAGCAACCCCGACGAGACGCUGGCCAAUGCGGCGAGAGCUUCGUUCCUCGAAGUCUUCAUGGGCCGCUAUGUUAGCUCGCGGCCGAAGACUGCAACUGCAGAUUCUCCCGCUACGCCAUUCAGCCUUCUUAUCCAUAAACUUCAGGAUCUCCUUAGCCGAUCAGAGCAUUUCGAAGUUAUUACUGUCCACCACAGUACAUUUGAUGGCAAUCGCAGCAGCGCAGCGUCUAUGUUGGCGAAACAGAUCAGGCUUCGAUUAGUCGCAGACGAUGACUCUGACAUCCCUCGCUCUUUCCGAAGUAUUAAUGUCCACAUCCAUGCCAUUGCUACUUUUAAGGCCCUCGACGACUGGUUACGCCCUAGAAUAAGUCUUCACGAGCGUCCCCGCGGCCCGAGAUCUCGUGAUGGAUUGACUAGAGCAUUAGCUGCAAUGGCUAGUUCAGCAGGACUACCAUCAGGGCUUACAUCUGCUGAGCGCCUUGCCGAGCGAUUAGGAUCUCGGGCCGAGCAAUUAGCAUCGGGGUAUCCGAGCAACCCGCCUCCGAUCCCAACGCAGGCUUCAGGUUCUCGUCCCCCACGAAGAUCCAAGUCAAGACAGCCAGGACAGCCUGAUACGCCGUCUAGUGCGACGUCGACACCAGGCUCCGGCCGAGAGAAGGCUAUUCUUCGCAGGUCAACUCGGCGCCAGCCAGCACAAGCGAGUGAAUCGCAAGCCCCACCGCCCCCUCCACCGCCUCCCGAUGACGAUGAGGGCUUGCAGAAUGCAUUAGAAUGCGCGGAUGAAAAGCCGAUAACUGACGAGGACGAUGAAGCGGAAGCUGCUGAUAGCAGUGCUCUCGACGCUAUAGUAGGCGAGCUCGACGAGGAUAUGGAAGAUGCACCCUCUUCAGACCCAUCUGCGGUUAACUUGGUGGAGGCUGCCGGUGGAAGGAUUACGGCCAGAAAGGAGGAUGGGACUCGGGUUCCUACUCCAGCUCAGAGUGGUUCUGCAAACUUACCAAGCCGUAGUGCGCCUCCACCUCAGCCGUCGGGGUCGCAGCAGGCUACACCAACCCCGACUCCUUCGGCAUCUCGACCUCUUUCUUACGCGGCUGCCAUUCAGUCCGUACCCCAAGACUGGCAUAUCGAAUUCAGUCUAGAAGAUCGAGUGAUUCCAAAUGAGACCACUAUCUAUCGAGCAGUCCAUAACCUUGCCAACCCUGUAGAGGAUCAUAUGGGCCGCAGCGUCUGGUCCACCAUGCACGUCAUCAAAUUCCGCCGAGUUCCGGGACCGCCUCCCGCUGAACCUAUCGGUUUCAGCUCUUCCUUCGAUGGCUCAACUGAUGUGAAUGGCGUGCCGACUUCGCUCGCGAACAAUCCAACAACAGCCUCUAUUCUCCGUCUACUAAAUAUUCUGCAUGACCUGAACGCAAACAUUGACGAUAUUCUAGUAGAGAAUAAGAACACGUUGAAGUUGAAUGUGGAACCCUUAUCACAGUUUGUCAAUACUAAGUUGACUGCCAAGCUCAAUAGGCAGCUUGAAGAGCCCCUUAUCGUGGCAAGCAAUUGUCUACCGGGAUGGAGCGAGGAUUUGGCUCGGCUAUAUCCUUUCCUCUUCCCCUUUGAGACCCGUCACUUGUUCCUUCAGUCAACCUCAUUCGGCUAUGCGCGGUCUAUGAGUCGGUGGCAGAACGCUCAACAGGAGGAGACAUCGCGUCGCGACCGACGGGACGAGCAUCUAUUCCUUGGACGACUUCAACGUCAAAAGGUCCGAAUCUCGCGGUCGAAGAUCUUAGAGUCCGCCUUAAAGGUGAUGGAACUUUAUGGUAGCUCACAGAGCAUUCUCGAGGUUGAAUACUUCGAGGAGGUCGGGACAGGUCUUGGGCCUACUCUCGAGUUUUAUUCCACGGUGUCGAAGGAGUUCUCGAAGAAAAAACUUAGACUUUGGCGCGACAUGGAUUCCAACGAUUCGGGCGAAUUUAUCUCCGGUUCCACUGGCCUGUUCCCUCGGCCGUUGAACGACGAUGACCCAAGCACCAACGUCAUCCUCCACCUAUUCAAGAUGCUUGGAAAGUUUGUUGCCCGAUCUAUGAUAGAUUCUCGGAUCAUCGACCUCAACUUUAACCCCAUCUUCUUCCGCAUUAGUGAGGAUUCUUCUGGCGUAAAGCCGUCAUUGGGUGCCGUCAAGAUAGUCGAUCCCGGGUUGGCUCGCUCCUUGAAACACAUCAAGAGGUUUGCUAUUGCGAAGAAGGCUAUCGAUGAAGAUCCUCGUCGCACACCUGCACAAAAAGUUGCGGAUACUGAAAAGAUCGUCAUCGACAACGGAACACUGGAGGACCUGGCAUUGGAUUUCACAUUGCCUGGAUAUCCCGAUAUUGAGCUUACACCAGGCGGUUCUCACAUACCUGUCACCAUUUACAAUGUCGAAUCUUACCUAGAGAAGGUUAUCGAUAUGACUUUAUCCCGCGGUGUCAAGCGUCAAGUUGAAGCCUUCCGCACUGGUUUCUCGCAAGUAUUCCCAUACUCUGCUCUGAGCGCCUUCACACCUGAUGAAUUGGUGGCACUAUUCGGGCGCGUCGAAGAGGACUGGUCUCUCGAGACUCUUAUGGACUCGAUCAAAGCCGAUCACGGUUUCAAUAUGGAUAGCAGAACAGUCCGAAACCUUCUACAGACGAUGAGCGAACUCACUGUUGCGCAACGACGCGACUUCUUGCAGUUCACUACUGGUAGUCCAAAACUCCCCAUUGGAGGGUUCAAGAGCUUGACCCCCAUGUUCACUGUAGUGUGUAAACCCAGUGAACCGCCUUACACAUCUGAUGACUAUCUCCCAAGCGUCAUGACGUGUGUCAACUACUUAAAGUUGCCCGACUACACUAGUAUUGAUAGCAUGAAGCGACAGCUCUUCACUGCUAUCAAGGAAGGUCAAGGUGCCUUCCAUCUCUCUUAAUCGCCAGCACGAGGGUUUUUAUGAACAACACAGUCCGAACAUCACGCAUCAAUAUUGUGAUACGUGGACAUCAUUGAUGAAGGAAAAUGAGGCAUUGAUUUUUUUUCUUCUCCGUCGUCCUGGCGCACCUCGCAUAGGUGCGUCGGGUUUUUUCUUUUCUUGGCACACCCGCCAUAAUUCCCUUCUUACGCCCGUCAUGAACCUCGACAACGAAGAUGGAGGUCGGAACAAGGCACGAGAUACGGAAGGGUUGAAAGGGAACGUCUGAUGCAUGGAAAGGUUGUUUCGGCGUAGGAAUGAAACAUGAUUCCAGGCGGGAUUGAAUUUAAGCAUCAGACUGGACAGCCCUGGCAAGGACAGUACUUGUUUUGCUUUUUACCUUCGCAACCGGGUGGCUUCACAUCUUCUUCAUCGGGUAGAUAGAUUGGCCAAUUUGUCUCCAAGUAUUGAUUUCUAAAAUUUUCUACCCGUUCCCCCAAAAUGGCGUUUUGCUACUUCGCUGUCACGCUCUUCGAGUCUUAAUACAAACCCCCCCUUUACUUAAAAGAGGAUCGGGGUCUAAGUGAUCAUGAUU